UUGAGAGCGCCGGAAGAGAAGCAGGUGUCUUCCUUGGCCAUCUUGUGGUUGUCCGCCGUGAGCCGUUCGCGCGAAGCCUCGAAGAAUCGGAGGAGAAUCCCGUUGUUGGGGCGCCAUCAUGCCGGGGCAUCUGCAAGAAGGCUUCGGCUGCGUCGUUACCAAUCGGUUCGACCAGCUAUUAGACGACGAGUCCGACCCCUUCGAGAUAUUAAAGGCGGCCGAGAACAAGAAGAAAGAAGCGGCCGCGUCAGGCGCCUCGAAGACGGCAGCUCAAGCCGCUAAACAGCCGAAGAAAGAGUCCCAGAAAGACAGGAAAAAUACAGCGCAGGAGAAGAAAGAAGACACCCAGGCCCCUGUGCCGCUGAAGAAAGAGGGCAUGAGGAGGGUUGGCCGGAGGCCGGAGCAGCAGGGUCAGGCCAGUUCCCAGCACCAGGGAGGUCAGGGAGAGGCCCGGCCCGGCGACAGGCGGCCCGACAGACGACCUCCUCGUGAACGGCGCUUUGAUAAACCAGCGGAUGAGAAGCCAGAGGGGGGCGAGUUCCCUGUGGACAAGUCAUUAGGGGAUAAGCCCUCUCGAGGCCGUGGAGGAGGCCGCGGGGCCAGAGGUGGCCGUGGGCGAGGCAUGGGACGUGGAGAUGGCUUCGAUUCCCGGGGCAAACGUGACUUUGACAGACACAGCGGCAAUGACAAAUCUCGACAGAAAGGAGAGGAGAAGCGUGGCGGGAGUGGCUUGCACAACUGGGGCAAUGUGAAGGAAGAAGCCAGUGAGCUUGAUCAGUCUGCAGCACCGGAGCCUGUUCCUGAAGGUGAAGAUCACGCUCCUGCCGACUCCGAAAACAAGGAGAAUGAAGUAGAGGAGGUGAAGGAGGAAGGUCCUAAGGAGAUGACACUGGAUGAGUGGAAGGCCAUGCAAGACAAAGAACGCUCCAAAGUUGAGUUCAACAUCCGCAAGCCCAACGAGGGUAACGACGGUCAGUGGAAGAAGGGCUACGUACUGCACAAGUCAAAGAGCGAGGAAGUUGGCACGCGGCAUGCUGGAUCUGUGAUUGAAGCUGGAGAUGUUGAUCCCGACUCAUUCCAAAAGGCUGAUGAGGGUGGAGAUCACCACUUCCGUAAGCCCGCCAAUGACAUCACCUCCCAGCUGGAGAUCAACUUCGGAGACUUGGGACGGCCAGGCCGCGGCCGUGGAGGAGCUCGUGGAGGCCGAGGAGCUCGUGGUGGAGCCGGCGGCGGCGGCGGCGGUGGACGGCCAGGCCGAGGCGGAGGCAGAUCUGAGAAGGGUGGAGGCGUUUCCGUUCCCAACGUGGAUGAUCCCGAGGCUUUUCCAGCCCUGGCUUAAACCUCAGCUCUGCCACCAAACCUUCCUCCAGGCCCCUGCCCCUCCUCUUCGACGCUUGCAUGCUUACGGAUCGUUCGACCAUAGAAACCAGAAAAGAGAAAUACACGAGACUGUCAUCCAUACAUACACUGAGAACUGACUUUUACCUGCGGAAGAACACGAAAAGGACUUCUUGUUACACUGAAGCAAAUCAUGGGUAGAGGUUUUGUAUUUAGAGACAUGAUAGCAGGGAUGUUCAUACAGUAUUUUAUUUUCCCUUUUUUUCCAGAGAUUAUGCAUUCGCCAUGAAUAUUUUUUUAUUGCUGCUUGAAUGUAUGCAUUUUCAAGAUAGGAUCGAGGUGUGUUGUGAACGCUUGCGCUUCAGUCGGGGCACUGCGGUGUCUGCGUGUAAUCGAAUACACUCUCAAUGGCUCUACCAAAAGCAGAACGUUUUGUUUUUGUAAUUAUUUUUUUCUUUCUCCACCAAGUGAGAAUACGAGACUCGUAGUGAUGAUUUUACUAUUAACAUAUAUACAUGAAUAAUGUAUAUUGACUAUUUUAAAUGUUUUGAAAGAAAGCGCUAAGGUCAAGCUACCCUAUUGUCAUUAGGAUUUUUUUUCUUGACCGGUAGCAAGAAGCAAAUGCAUCGUCUUGAUCUUGCUUUGGUGUUUUCUGUCGUCCUCUGCUGGACCUGUGAUAUUAGUAUGCAUAGUUGUCUUUGUUCCUCAGAGAGUUUAUUUCCUCGUCUUGUUGGAGCACCCAGGGCUCAAUGGAGAUCCAGGCUGGUCCUUGUAAGUUCAUCUCUUAGAAACCUUAGGACCACUUUUUGAACUGUAAACGUGGGUGAAGUGUGUGUGUGUGUGUGUGUGUGUGUGUGAGAGAACGAGAGGGAACACGUUUUUAAAAACUCAUCAUCUGCCAUAAGUUUAUUUUCCUUAGCUUAGAUGGUAAGUUUCAGCAAGACAUGUUCUUAACAUGAAGUUUUAUUGACUUUUUAGUGAGUUUUCUCUAGCUGAGGUUGACAUAUCUUGCACUUAGAUUACGGUGACGUUUGAAAUCUAGCUACUAAGCACGUGGUCUGUUUGCAUCAGUACCAUUUGUUUAUUUUGAUUCCUUCUGUGAUCUUUGCGGUGUUUUUAUUUUUAAUUAUUACUAUGAUGGCACUACUGCUUGCGUUUUCUGAAAAAAAAUAAAAAGUGUAAUUCAGGGUGGGACAACAGUGUGCUGCGAAAGAAAAGUUGGAUCCAGCUUCUUAUGUGUGUGAACUAGCGAGACUUCCAAGUGUGAUGGCCGAUGUACUCUGUAUUCAUAGGAGGAGGGACAAUAAAAUGGAAGACGACACUA